AUGACGUCGCCGACCCGGAAGGAAGCUUGCAGCAGUGUUGUUGUCGCAGCAGCUCGGCUGAUAUUUCUCCCAAACCGUCAGAAACCUUCCCGCAGACCGUAACCGAGCCUCAGAGCUGCCGCUGCUGCUGCUUGCUGCUGUCGCUGUUUCCUCUCUGCGUCGCCAUCAUGAACGUGACGCUGGCGGUGAAGCAGUACAUCUCCAAGAUGAUCGAGAACAGCGGGCCCGGGAUGAAGGUGCUGCUCAUGGACCGAGAGACGACCAGUAUAGUGAGUGUGGUGUACACUCAGUCAGAGAUCCUGCAGAGGGAGGUUUACCUGUUUGAACGGAUCGACUCUCAGAACAGAGACAACAUGAAACACCUGAAGGCCAUCUGCUUCCUCAGACCCACCAAGGAGAACGUGGAGCAUCUGAUCCAGGAGCUGAGGAGACCAAAGUACAGCGUCUACUUCAUCUACUUCAGUAAUGUGAUCAGUAAGAGUGAGAUCAAAGCUCUGGCUGAGGCUGAUGAACAGGAAGUGGUGGCUGAAGUCCAGGAGUUUUAUGGAGAUUUCAUCGCUGUGAACCCUCACGUGUUCUCCCUCAACCUGCAGGGAGUUGCCCGGGGUCGCAGCUGGGAGUCCUCCAUGUUGUCCCGGUGUACUCAGGGUUUGACCUCCGUCCUGCUCGCUCUGAAGAAAUGUCCAAUGAUCCGCUACCAGCUGUCCUCCGACAUGUCCAAACGGCUCGCCGAGAGCGUCAAGCAAAUCAUCACGAAGGAGUACGAGCUGUUUGACUUCAGGAAGACCGAAGUUCCUCCUCUGCUGCUGAUCCUCGACCGCAGCGACGACGCCAUCACGCCUCUGCUCAACCAGUGGACGUACCAGGCGAUGGUCCACGAGCUGCUGGGUCUCAACAACAACCGGAUCGACCUGUCCAGGGUGCCGGGGAUCAGCAAAGACCUGAGGGAGGUGGUUCUGUCUGCGGAGAACGACGAGUUCUACGCUAACAACCUGUACCUGAACUUCGGGGAAAUCGGCACCAACAUUAAAAACCUGAUGGAAGAUUUCCAGAAGAAAAGACCGAAAGGACAACAGAAGCUGGAGUCCAUCACUGACAUGAAGGCGUUCGUAGAUAACUACCCUCAGUUUAAGAAGAUGUCGGGCACCGUGUCCAAACAUGUGACGGUGGUGGGGGAGCUGUCUCGGUUGGUGUCGGAGCGUCUGCUGAUGGAGGUGUCAGAGGUGGAGCAGGAGCUGGCCUGUCAGAACGACCACUCCAACGCUCAGCAGAGCGUUCGUCGGCUGCUGCAGAAUCCUCGUCUGUCCGAGUUGGACGCCGUCCGUCUCGUGAUGCUCUACGCUCUGAGAUACGAACGCCACAGCAGCAGCAUCCUCCCGGCUCUGAUGGACGAGCUGAGCAGGAGAGGAGUGUCCGAACGACACCGCAGGAUGGUGAAGUCAGUGGUGGAGUACGGAGGGAAGAGAGUCAGAGGAAGUGACCUCAUCACGCCGACAGACGCCGUCGCCAUCACCAAACAGUUCUUCAAAGGCCUCUCGGGUGUAGAGAACGUGUACACUCAGCAUCAGCCUCUCCUUCACGACACUCUGGAUCAGCUGAUUAAAGGUCGACUGAAGGACAGUCAGUUCCCUUACCUGGGAGCCAGCAGCCUCAGAGACAGGCCUCAGGACAUCAUCGUGUUUCUGAUUGGUGGAGCCACGUAUGAAGAAGCUCUGACUGUUUACAACCUGAACCGCAACACACCUGGAGUCCGCAUCGUCCUGGGAGGAAGCAGCAUCCACAACACCAAGAGUUUCCUGGAGGAAGUGAUGUCGGCAACGAGUCACAGCGGCGACAGAGCGCAGGGAAGUGGUCGCCAUGGCAACAGGCGCUGAACUGAAGAGCUCGUCGAGACAACAAAACGACAUUCCCUCCUGUGUCUCUGCGGCCAUUUUGUGUCCCACGUUAGAUAAUCGUCUUUAAACUCUGCUGUGCGUCGGUCUGUUGAUCAGGUGGAACGUCCCUUUAAAGUGUUGUAUGAAUGUUGUAAGUAAAAAAAAAAAAAAAAACACCAAUAAAAGAGAAGAAUGACGAUGA